GGCAGAGAUUUCUCUAGAGCAGCAGCACUGAUCAAACAUUUAGAUGCAGACUCAUUUCCAGCCUGUCCUUCUUCGUGAGGACUCCAAGCAGGGCUCCACAAGUUUGGACUUCCCUGCACAUAAAAGCUCCCUGCAAACAGAAAUCUAGCCCUUCAGGGAGAAAGUUGUCUCUGCUGAAGAAGACUUGCUUUUUUCUGAUGGGGUCCAAAGUAUCCGUGGAUGUGUCAGUCCGUGUGGUAAUAGUUGGCGGGGGCUUUGGUGGGAUUGAAGCAGCCUGCCAGCUACAGAGCUGGGGGAUCCCCUUUGUUCUUGUGGACAUGAGAGAUGCUUUCCAUCAUAAUGUGGCUGCCCUCAGGGCCUGCGUAGAUGGUGAAUUUGCAAAGAAAACCUUCAUCUCCUUCUCUGUAACCUUUAAAGACAGCUUCCGGCAGGGCAAAGUCAUAGGAAUUGAUUUGGAGAAACAGCACGUUCUGUUGAAUGAUGGUGAAGAGAUCUUCUUUUCUCACCUGAUCCUUGCCACAGGGAGUGAUGGGCCUUUUCCAGGGAAAUUUAACAAAGUCAUUGACAUGCAAGCUGCUAUUCAGACCUAUGAAGACAUGGCAAAGGAGGUUCAGACAGCUCCCCGUAUAGUAAUUGUGGGUGGCGGUGCUGCUGGUGUUGAAAUGGCUGCGGAGGUGAAGACCAGGUAUCCCACCAAAGAGGUCACACUGAUCCACUCAAAAACUGCAUUGGCAGAUGUAGAACUCCUCCCCAGAGUCCGACAAGAGGUGAAAGAGACUCUUCUACAGGAAGGUGUACAGCUCUUGCUGGGUAUGUACAGAGCCAGUUUGGUUGCAUGUCUGCAUGUUCCCCAGCAAUCCUGGGUUCUCUUCAGAGGAAGACUGAAGAUGGACCUUUGA